UUCUCCCCUCUUCAACAUAGGUAAAAUCCUUAAGAUUAAAGCUUCAGAAACUUCAGGAAAAAGCAGUUGAGGACGAUGAUUAUGAGAAGGCUGAGAUGAUCCAACGGAGAUUAGAGGACCUGGAGAAAGAGAGAGGCAGCCUGAACUUUCAGCUUCCUUCGAGGCAGCCGGCCCUUAGUGGCCUCCUGGGCCACCUGGGGGCUGUCCUGCGCCGGGCGGCUCAGCGGGCUGGCGGGGAUGACAGCCAAGCCCAGCUCAGAGUGGAAGCCAAGACCUCGGAACCCACCACUCAGGACAACCUGCGUGUGUCUGUCACCAGGCGAGACUGGCUUCUCCAAGAAAAGCAACAGUUGCAGAAGGAGAUCGAAGCCCUCCAAGCCAGGAUGUCUGUGCUGGAAGCGAAAGAGCAGCAGCUGAGGCAGGAGAUAGACGAGCAGGAGCAACUCCUCCCGUGGCAGGGCUGCGACCUGAGCCCCCUGCUGGGCGGGCUGACCCCGCGCGAGCUGCAGGAGGUCCACGACACCUUGCAGGACACCCUGGCCUCAGCCAGCCGGGUUCCCCUGCGUGCAGAGCCGCCCGAAGCCAUAAGAAGCCUCCAGGAAGGGAUAAAAUCCCUCAACUUGUCACUUAAAGAAAUCACUGCUAAGGUGUGUAUGAGCGAGAGACUCUGCAGCACUCUGAGGAAGAAGCUUAAUGACAUUGAAAUCCAAAUGCCGGCGUUGCUGGAAGCCAAAAUGCUUGCCAUAGCAGGAAACCAUUUCUGUACGGCUAAGGAGCUCACGGAGGAGAUCAGAUCCUUAACAUCCGAGAGAGAAGGGCUGGAGGGACUUCUCCAAAAGCUGUCGGUGCUGAGUUCAAGGAACGUCAAAAAGUUGGGAAGUGUUGAAGAAGAUUACAACAGACUGAGAAGAGAACUGGACCACGGGAGAACUGCCUAUGAAACGAGCAUGAAGGAGAGCGCUACGAAGUACAUGGAGGUGCUGGAGGACAAACUGUGCAGCUGCAAGUGUCCGCUGCUUGGAAAAGUGUGGGAAGCUGACUUGGAAGCUUGUCGGUUGCUUAUCCAGAGCCUGCAGCUCCAGGAGGCCAGGGGCAGCCUGUCUGCAGACGACGCGAGGCAGAUGGAUGACUUUGGGGGAGGCACUUGUACAACAUCUCUGGCCACCCCCAACAGGGUCCACUCUGAAGAUGAGAGGAAGACCCCUUUGCAAGCAUGUGAAGAAUGGAAGGUGCACCUGACCCCCUCUCCUCACUGUGCUGGCGGUGAACAGAAGGAGGACUCCUACAUCCUUUCUGCAGAACUUGGAGAAAAAUGCGAAGCCAUAGGCAAGAAGUUAUUGUACCUAGACGAUCAGCUUCACACAGCGAUCCACAGUCACGAUGAAGACCUCAUUCAGUCUCUCAAAAGGGAGCUCCAGAUGGUGAAGGAGACUCUGCAGGCCAUGAUCCUGCAGCUCCAGCCGGCAAAGGAGGCGGGAGAGAGGGAGCCCACUGCUUCCUGUGUGACAGCUGGCAUCCAGGAAUCACAGGCCUGAGGCGUGACAGGAUGGGGGAAGGAGGAACAGUGAUGCUCCUGUCUUCAUUCGGAUCCAGGGACACCAGACAAUCUCUGUCAUUUCCUGAAGCCACACUGGCAUUCCUGGGAGUCACCUGCUUCUUUGCUAAGCCUUCUGUGCUGUGUGGCGUUUCCGCUUCCAUCAGGAGAUGCCCCUGCUUAAGCCAGCAAGUGGCCAGGGUCCAAGGAACGAAGCAAAAGCACAACAUGAAUUUUCUGACUGUGUUUCUGACAGUUUUCUGCUGAGCAUUAAAAGAUACACUAUACGUAAUUUAAGACGUAUUAGUUUGCUCCAGGAGUGUUUGGUUUUUCAAUGAUAGAGCAAAUGCCUGAAUUAUUUAUAAUCAUGUCUAAAAAAAUAUUAUGUACAAGUCACAUGGCACAUGGAAUUCUUGAGUCCUUGAAUUAAUUCCAGUGAAGCAAAACUUGGGACGAGUCAAGAUUGUCUCUAACGAAUUCCUACUUUGACAAGCGUUGUUUUAACAAGCCCCACAAGACAUCUUAACAGUCACUAACCCGAGCGUUUUCUAUUACUCAGGUACCAUCAUGAAUAAUUCUGUGAGGUCGUUAUGUCUUUGAAAAUUCUAGAAGCUAAUAACUGUCUGAGUGUGCCCCAAAUAAGGGGUCUCCAGUGCCUCCAGUGGGCAGUGCGCCCAUUUCCUUGUUGAGACCCUGACCCAGGCAGGUGAGUGAUGCUUUAACCACAAGCUGCAGCUCAUCCGCAGUCUAUGCUGGUGUCAGAGGCAGCCAGGAAGCCUGCCCGAGGCCAGGGUGUUUCCUCUGACCCUCCGACCUUCUCAGGACAAGCCCCUCUUCAGUCACUGUGACCCUAGAAGACCCAGGACUGUACAUCUCAAACCCUAGGGCAGUGUCUGCAGGGCAACCUCAAAAGAGAUAAGAGCUUGAAUCUAAAAGCAGCAAAGCAAUAAGGACACAAAUCCAAGCUUUCGUGGAGACAAUCAAGACCACAAGCAAAGGUGGGUCUGAGUCCACUGUGGCCCGUGCGAGAGAACAGAUGAGCUAUUACAGGGUCCUCCGUGCUGAGAUGCUGACAUCCAAAUGGCCACUCAUGCACUUCCUCCAGCCCGACUUAGCAGGGCGUCUUCCGAGUCAGUAACAGUCCCGGUUCCUUCCUACGUCCUGAAAUUUCAACAUCAGCAUGAUCUUCCUCAAAUCAAGUUAAGGUGUAACGUUGGGAGCUUUUCUUCCUGGGCAGUAGGGCUGGUUCCCCCACCCCAGGAGCAUGGAGAGGCUCACAUGGGGGCGCUGGGACUGUCCUAAGAUCUUUCUAAUCAUUAUCGCCUUUAAUCCUCAUUUCAGUCUUACAGGGUGGGUGUUUGUAGUUGGUGAAAUUGAGCCUUAGGAGACUGCUGACGUUCCCCACAGCAUGGAGGUGGAGGGCAGUGGACUGGCAGCGGCAGUUGGGGACAGGUAGAAUGCUUCUAACUGUGUUCUUCCUAGCGUACUUUUAAUGUCUUUUGGGGACUAUGAGCCAUGGAGCAUAUUUGCUCGCUUAAGAACACAUGCUGGGGGCAGGGGUGUAUAGCUCAGUGGUAGAGCACGUGCUUAGCAUGCACGAGGUCCUGGGUUCAAUCCCCAGUCCCUCCACUAAAAAAAAUAAAAAGUAAAAAGAACACAUGUCCACCUUGGGAAUCCUGCCUUGAGAAUCAGAGAAUCUGAGCCUACCACCCAUCACUGUCCUCACCAACCGUUCAUUCCCCAUCCACCUCAAACGCCAUGCCAGGAACAACCACUUACUGCCUGACAUCAUGCAGAUUUUCUUGAAAAUCCCCAUCCAAUUGGUAUUUUUCAGAAAGCAUUUCAGGAAGCAACAUUGUGCUCAUUGGUUAAUGCCUCCUUGUAUAAAUGAUUUGAUACUCAUGUUUAAUAACCUCACCUUAUCUAAUCUUUGAAUUUUAUUAUAUAAUUUAUUACUUCAUGAAAUUUACUUUUCAUUAUGUGAAAUUAAAACUGUGAUCCAAGCCAUGGUUGGAUAUUUAACAUUUUUCUUUUGACUUCUAGGAUGUGGGUGAUAGAAACAUUUUUAUCACCUUGACUCAUCUCAUCUUUCUGUUCCAGGACGAUCCAUUGUACAGUUACUUACAUCACAUGAAAUGUUUCUAAUAAAGCAGUGCUAAAAAA